AUGGAGUUGGGAAAGGCCUUCCAUAUGAAUGGCGGACUUGGGCUCACUGGUUACUCCCACAACUCCUCUCUGCAGGUUAUCAGCGUAUCUCUUGCGCCCUCUCUCUCUCUCUCUCUCUCUUCUCAAAUCUUCUUCUUUUCCUCAUGAAUGGAUCCGUCGCCCUGCGCAGAGGAGAGACCGCGAGAUUGUGAAGCAUGUGAUCCGCAGAGCGGUCGUGGAUGCCUUCCUGGCGGUGCAGCCGGCCUGUCUGAGUAUUGCCGACCUGGGAUGCUCCUCCGGGCCCAACGCGCUGCUGUCUACGGAGGGCCUCGUCGGCGCAGUGAAGGACGCCUGCCGGAAGAGCUCCCUCGAGCCGCCGGAGUUCAUGGUCUUCCUGAACGACCUCCCCUCGAACGACUUCAACUCCGUCUUCGUGGGGGUGCCCGAGUUCAUUAGGAAGGCCGUGGGAGGCUGCGGGGCUUCGGUUUUCAUGUCUGGCGUCCCUGGCUCCUUCUACAGGAGGCUUUUCCCCAGCAACAGCCUACACUUCAUACACUCCUCCUACAGCCUGCAUUGGCUCUCUCAGGUGGGUCACUUUGCAAUCUAUACGAAAGAACAUCUUCUGCGGGAUAAAUGAUUUUAUUAUCGAUCUUGCGAAAAAGUCUCGUAUUAGUAGAUAAUUCGCGGUGAACCCGCCUGCUGUAGAACGAGGAUCGUAGAAAAUUUUAAAGUAGAAAAUAGUUGAUAAUUCAUGGCAUAUAAGGCUUGAUGAUCUCAAAAUCUUAUCGUGCUGGUUUCUCGCUUCCUAAAUUCUCCUGUUGGCCGAGGGAGAGCAAAUAAUUCUUAGACUCGAAUUUAAAUCCAAAUUCAGAAUGAGUUAUAACAGGCCUCGGGACGCUCUUACGAUGAUCAAGUCCGAGCAUCACAAUAUUUGUCAUGAAGGCAUUAAGAUUAUCCGAGCACAAUACCUUAGAACACAUGUUCGUAAGAAUCUCAUCAUGUGGCAGUACACAUUCUGGCCAGUCCUAAGCUUCACAGGUUCACGCCCAUACUCAUUCUCUGGUUUUUUUUUUUCUCCCCACCAGCUUGACUAUGGGCCUUGCAGAAGAUUAUUCAGUCACAAAAACCUCUCUCUGUCUCUGUCUCUGUCUCUCUCCAUAUAUCUGUCCAUCUUGUCGGGUGUGAUGCAUAUUCGACCCAUUUUUUAUGGCUUUCUCCGAACCUGGCUGACCCUAGACUCUUACUCGGGUCUAACUUGUCAAGAACCUAGCCCAGCCCGUCGACACCGCCAACGAGGAUGAUUUUACAUCACUUCGUUUAAUUUCACAACUAAUUUAUUAUUUCGUUGACCUAUCACCGCCCUUUUACUAUUCCUCCUUUUCUUCUUUUACAUAGCGUUCCCCACGUCUCAACAAGAAAAUGCCUACAGCCCUUUCUUUUGCGGUGUUCAUCGAAUGGCAGGCCCCCAUCUCCCUCCUCGACGGGGACGGAAAGUCUACCAACAAGGGGAGGACGUACUUGUCUACGGCGAGCUCCUUCCCGGUGCAGGAGUCGUACCUCCGGCAGUUCCAGGACGAUUUCAGUCUCUUCCUGCGUCUUAGAUCCCGAGAGCUGGUCUCCGGGGCGAGGAUGGCGUUGAUUAUGCUGGGGAGGAGGACCAGAGACCACUCCGACGACGCCGCCACCCUCCUCUGGGACCUCCUUGACGAAGCCUUCGCCGCCAUGGUCCUCAAGGUAUUCCAAUCCCCGACCUUCCUAGUUUCAUCACUUCAUUCUUCCCUGUGAAGUACCAGAAGAUGAUUAAUAAAUAAUCCGCAUGGAGUUCGGCGGAGUGAUCGUGGAUUUGUUUAGUCGAUCACUGCACGCGUGGUGUCCACUAGGAUUAUUAAUGUGUCCCGUGAGCCGGGCGGCAACCCAGCCUGCCCCGGUCGUCAUCCGACGACAAGGCUCUCCUGAGGUCUCGCAACUCUCUCUCUCUCUAGAGCCUGAAGUCCAUUUUCCGGGCUUUAAUAUGGGCUCAGGGUUCUUUAAAGUCUGGCAACCCCAGUACUUGCCCCUGCUCAUCACAUCCAAGGCCGUGCCUCUCUCAUCACUAGCUGCAUUCUAUGGUUCUCUUGGGCAGGGAGAGGUAAGAGAGGAGGAGGUGGACUCGUACAACGCCCACUUCUACGCCCCAUCGCUCGAGGAAAUAGAGGUCCAAGUGGAGAGAGAAGGGUCCUUCGCAAUUGAGUGUCUGGAGUUGUUUGAAGGCAAAGGGACCAAGGAGGACGCCACGGGCGCUGGAACCAUCGCCAUGUCCAUCAGGGCCAUCCAGGAACCUCUUCUGCGCCAGCACUUCCGAGAAGACCUCAUCGAGAAGCUGUUCGACGUGUACAACAAGGUGGUGGAGAGGGAGCUGACCCAACGAGAUGUUAAAUCUAUCAACAUAGUAUCGGUUCUAAAGAAGCUGGCCUGA